AUGACGAAAAGGAAAAUUCCCCAACACCGGACUUUUGGUGAUCACUCUUUCUGGGACACCCACUGCCAAUCCUACCCUGUCUUCCGUCGACGCGACGCCGUCCCUGACCCCGUCCGCCUCUCGUCGGACUCCGCGAUUGGAGUUACAGACUCCGUCGUCGCCAAUACGGUCCCCGUCAAUCCGUACCGCCGAAUCCGUCCCGAAUCAAUCCCUGCUCAACGGCGUGCCGGCGAUGGAUCAUCCGACUCCUGUACCUCACCAGAGCACCGCCGAGAGCCAAGCCAAAACAAAACACAGGCCGUGAAUGCGCGUCUCUCGAAGGCCUCAUUAUCACGGACCGGAAGGAGCGCUCCGACCAGUAUACCGCCAAGUGCGGAAAGCAGAGACACCGGAAUGAAAGUGCCUUUCCCCGGCACUGCCUACCCGUCGGAGCAAUCAUCACCAACGCAGAGUGUACAAGCCCUUUUCGUCCAUUCUGAAUCCAUCCCAAGCAAUUCUUCGCCACGCCUCCUCCACUCCAACGGACCCCAAUAUUGA